AUGACCGAGGGCCGUCUGUGCCAGGUUCACCUCCUUGAUGGCAGGAAGCUGGAGCUGCUGGUUCAGCCCAAGCUGUUGUCCCGUGAGCUGUUAGAUUUGGUGGCCUCGCAUUUUAACCUGAAGGAGAAAGAAUACUUUGGGUUGUGCUUCAUAGAUGACACUGGCCAGAAUAACUGGCUCCAGCUGGAUCGUAAAGUCCUUGAUCAUGACUUCUCCAAGACUGCAGGGCCUCUGGAGCUGAAGUUCCUUGUGAGGUUUUAUAUUGAGAAGAUCACCUUCUUGAAAGAGAACCCAACAGUGGAGCUGUUCUUCCUGAACGCUAAAUCUUUAGUGUUUAAUGAGACCAUCGAAGUGGAAAGUGAAAAUGUUUUCAAGUUAGCCGCAUUCGCAUUGCAGGAGGCCAAAGGAGAUUACACCAGUGCUGAGACUGCCAGAUCAGACCUGAAGCAACUCCCAGUUCUUCCCACCAGAGUAUUAAGGGAGCAUCCAUCUCUCAAUUACUGUGAGGACAAAGUGAUUGAACACUACAAGAAACUGAAGGGGCUGACCAGAGGACAAGCCAUUGUACAGUAUCUGGCCCUGGUGGAGUCCCUGCCGACAUAUGGAGUCCAUUAUUACCCAGUGAAGGACAAGCAAGAAAUACCAUGGUGGCUAGGAGUUAGCUACAAAGGCAUUGGCCAGUACGAUUUGCAGGAUAAACUGAAACCAAGAAAGUUGUUUCAGUGGAAGCAGUUGGAGAAUUUGUAUUUCCGAGAGAAGAAAUUUGCUGUCGAAGUGAACGACCCGCACAGGAGAACAGUGACCAAGCGAACUUUCGGACAGUCUAGUCUGGUUAUUCACACAUGGUAUGCCAGCCACUCUCUGAUUAAAACCAUCUGGGUGAUGGCCAUCAGUCAACACCAGUUCUACCUGGACAGGAAACAAAGCAAAUCAAAAAUGACCACAACCAGGAGUUCAGGAGACAUCGCCAUGGACCUCACAGAGAUCUGCGCCCCGCGGAUCAGUAAACUUUCCAGCAUUGAGAGCAAAGACCAGCUUAUCAUGGCCAGCAACGGAAGCCUCAUCUCAGCCGGUUCUGCUGACUCUGAAGUCAGCGAGGAACAGAAGAAAGAAAAGAUUGCAGAGUUGAAAAAGAAAGAAAAGGGUCUUCAAGAGACACUGUCAAAGAAACUUGAGGAACUGAAGAAGAUCUGCAUGAGAGAAGCUGUGCUUACGGGCAGAUUGCCUAAAGAGUAUCCCUUGGCCACAGGUGAGAAGGUUCCUCAGGUACGACGGCGUGUUGGGACAGCCUUCAAGCUGGAUGACCUUUUCCCCUAUGAUGAGGACCCACAUCUGAGGAAUCUGGAGAGCAUGUUCGCCUUGCAGCAGAAGAUCGUGGAAGCAGCCGUAAAGUUAUCCAACGAGGGUGAACUCAGCAAGACGGUGAAGAAAAAGAGGAGAAACAACUGUCUGGAUGCAAUGAGGAAGCUGGAGGAGAUCGAGAAGGAGAUCAACACCUACAGGAUCAAGAAAGGAAAGACACCCACUCAGAGGGCCUCACUGAUCUUAGCAGAUGAUGUCAACCCUUCAGACCUCAGCUCUCUAUCUGACAGCCUCACUCUGGAUGAUGAUGAUGAGCCUGCUACCCAGAGGCAGCGGUCCAGAUCGGUUCAGUAUUCCCCGAGACCACACCAUGCAGAAACUCUGGACAUCCACUACAGCCAAGACAGACAUGCCUCUGCCAAUGACCAGCAUGCAGACUGCAGAAUAAAUUAUGAUGUCCAGGAAUCACUACAUCCCUACAGUUACCGUGAUGCCUUAUCAAGCCACAGAAGCCCGUAUAAACCGGCUUCCAGACAGCCACAUGAUGCCCGCAGCAUGCCCCCUACCCCCCUCCUCACACGCAACGCUUACAGCAGCACCCAGCUCAGAUCAGAGGAUGCACCACAACAUUUCCGCCAGCGUAGCGGUAGUCUGGAGUCCCAGUCUCAGUUCCAGACGGAAACCGAACCCCCUGUGCCAACGCUCACCUACUCCACAGCCCGGCGCAGCAACAGCACUGAGGUCCUCGAUGAUGGCUCCUCCUAUACAAGCCAGUCCAGCGUAGAGUACAGUGUCCCCGGUAACCCCACCCACAGACGCAGAGCUCGCGGCCGCCACAGAAAAGACAUGUAUGCCAACACGGGCAGCAUGCCCAACCUGGCUCAGCCAGACACCCGCUGCUACGCCUACCAGCCUCGGGCCAGACCCACCACGACAGCCUACUAUGUGACGGGCUAUCCAAGCUACGCAGAACCAGAGUCUUACUCCAAUGGACUCUACAUGUACGACAGUGAGAUGGAAGGACACUAUAACGUCAAUCCUUCCUACCACCCAACCCCAACAGCUUAUCAUAGCCACGAUAUGCACAGUCACUACAGUAACGACGAGAUAGAUGGCAUGUCACAGAACCUGUACGCCACGCUGCGGCCAUCCAGGAACCGCCCGGUGCCCCGCAGCAACGAGCAGGUCAGUAGGAACAUCCAGAAGGCUUUGGUGUCUGAACACUUGAGAGGCUGGUACCAACGCAACGCUGCACACAAACAGACAGCAUACAGCUUUGACAGAGGCUCCCAGCAGAGCGUGGGCUAUCAGACCAUGCCUGCACCCUACAGCCACAACAACAGAAACACCUCCUACUCCACAGUGUCCUCCAGUGGAAACUGGCACAGCCACAUGAGUGGUGGUAUGUCAGAAUACGACAUGCCCGUGCAUGCGCCGCAGUCCUACUCUUACAGCACAGCCCCCUACAGCCACUCCGCCCACAACAGAUAUGGCACCUCCCAGCUCUUUAAGGGCUCCUGGCACAGCCCUGAUGGCCAGAGGCGCUGUGCCCUUUUCCCUGCUAGCUCUUCCUCCUCUACCUCCUCCCUGCCCUCCUCUUUUCCCUCCUCCUCCCCUGGCUGUCGGGUCAGGCAGGUGACCUCCAACCAUGUGCAGCCACAAUCCUCCAGAGGGCACAAGCUCAGUAAGGUGUCCUUUGUGAAAGAUGUCCCCCAGAGUUUGAGUGGCGGAGCUGUGAUAGGAUGGCGUGCCCUGCGGGGCCUUUAGAGAGGUGUGGUGCUGUUGCCUAUGCUACUGACCUGGAAAAUUAACCCCCUCCCCCCAAUAAUUAAAGUCACAGCACAGAAGAAAGGAUCAUACAUAGAUGUCAGCGAAAUGGACCCAAACAUCAAUAACCAAAUGCACACUAACCCGGAGCCAGAAGACCAGAUUUACUGGCACGAAGAUUCAAAACCGGGAACAAUAGUGUAGCUGCCUAUCUGACAUCGUGCUGUAUUAACAUUUUACCAUGACAAAUUGUCAUUGUGCCUUAGACUGCACUUACCUGUUUUUCUGUUCAAGUGGAUCCAAAGAAUGAAGAAACUUAACUUCUGUGGAAUUCAGUGUGUAAAGAAAAUGAAUGCAAUUGCCAAACUGAUCACAUCCUUGUGUUUAACAAUAACAAAACCCCACAGGAGCAUCUACAUGUCUGGAUUGCUAGUGUUUGUGGUGAUGGCACUUGUGCACUGAAACUAUACCAGGAACUGCUGUGGACUGCGUGGUAUAGCCAAAGUAAAAACGUAGAAUAAACUUCAAGUGUUUCUCUGUAGAGAUGCCGGCUUCACAAACAAAGGACCAGGACUGUCUCUGUAAGAGGAUACUGAGCCGCAAUGAACAAUGAGAAUGACUCAUCCUGAUCUGCCACUUACACAAAUGUGUGAACCCUGUAACCAUGAAGGACUGGACAAGCAUUAAUAAUGACAUUAUUAAAAUGAAGGAUUGAACUCAUUAAAAAUGAGUCAAAAAGAUGGCUACUUCCUGGAAGAUUUUGCAGUCACCAGAUCCAGAUUAAUCGUAGCGUUGCUUGUAGCUACCACCGUGCUUCCUUGUAGUCUUGUUUGUCAUUUUAAAAAGUUUUCCGUUUUUCUCAGUCAGUACUUACAAUAUAGUCGAGUCAAGUGGAAUGCUUAUGAAUGGUAUUACCCAAAGUCACCAACUUUGAUAUCACUGCCACAUCUGAUCAGUCACUGCAGGAAGACAACAAAUUAUUUUUAACAUGGUUAUUUCAUCCAUGCUGGAAAUCAUGGACUGGUGCUCCCAAUUUCUCUAAAGAGAAUGAUGCUGUGUGUACAUGUUGGUAUUGUAAAUACACUGGUUCUGUCUUUUUGUUUUGUAGAGCAUUUUUAUGUAUUUGAAAAGCAUGUAAUAUAUAGUAAACGAUUGUUGUUAAGCUGGUUCUUAGUAAUUUGUAUAAUUGCAUUUGUUUGAAUAAAAAAAACAGCAUUUGAA